AUGUCUGGAGCGUACGUCCUCGACGCAAUCCCUAUGGGUAUGGAUCGCGAACGACACGCAUGCAAGAUAGAGGAUACGGCGGGGUCGAAAACGAAAAGUUUCGGCAAAGGAAAUCCAUCGUUGAAGGUCGAAGGCGCAACUGUGGGAUCUUCGAGUGCAGGCUGUGCUUUCGCUCCUGAGCCGCUUUUUGUUCUGGCCAUACUAGUAUGCGCGGCUUAA